GCGCCGGCCUUAGUGUGUCACUGGCCAGCUCAAGUGGAAGGUGUGUCGCUCUCUCGCCUCCCCUUAUCGUGACUCGCUGGACGGUCACAGUGUGUUGAGGGCGGCAGGACCAUGGCGGAGACGACGAUGGUGCCGCUGCAGGAGGAGGAGGCGGCCUUCGGGCAGAUCGGCGAGUCCAAGCUUGGAAUACCCGACGUGGUUGUUAUUGUAGUGUAUUUCGUCUUCGUCCUGGCAGUGGGCUUAUUUUCAUCAUGGAAAAGUCAGAGGAGCAGCGUGAUGGGUUACUUCCUCGCCUCCCGCAGCAUGCACUGGAUCCCCGUGGGGGCGUCCCUCUUCGCCAGUAACAUCGGGUCUGGUCACUUCAUCGGCCUGGCGGGGUCUGGCGCGGCCUCGGGCAUCGGCGUGGCGGGAUUUGAACAAGGGGCAGUGUACAUCCUGAUGCUGCUGGGGUGGCUGUUCGUGCCUGUGUACAUGAGCUCCAACGUAUUUACCAUGCCCGAGUAUCUCAUGAAGCGCUUCGGGGGGCAGAGGAUUCGAGUCUACCUCUCCUUCCUUGCCCUGUUGCUCUAUAUCUUCACCAAAAUAUCCGCCGACCUGUACGCGGGCGCCCUCUUCAUUCAGCUGGCCCUCAACAAGAACAGUCCGGAGUGGCUCUACCUCAGCAUCCUCUUCCUGCUCGCUGUGGCCGCCGUCUUCACUAUUGCUGGUGGCCUCACGGCGGUGGUGUGGACUGACUUCGUGCAGACCAUCCUCAUGAUCGUGGGGGCCUUCAUCUUGAUGGUCCUGUCUUUCAAUGAAGUUGGAGGAUACCGUGCCCUGGUGGAGAAGUACCCAUUUGCCACAGCCUCAGAGCGAGCAGUGGGGGCAGACAAUGCGACCUGUGGUGAGCCUCCUGCUGAGUACAUGAACCUCAUCCAGCCCAUAGAGCCUGGCAAGAGCAACUUCCCCUGGACUGGCAUGGUGUUCGGCCUUACCCUCAAUUCCAUCUGGUACUGGUGCACAGAUCAGGUCAUCGUCCAGCGCACCCUGGGGAGUCGCAACAUGAUUCAUGCCAAGGGGGGCUGCAUCCUGGCCGCCUACCUCAAGUUCCUGCCCAUGUGGUUGCUGGUGUUCCCAGGGAUGGCUGCUCGCAUCCUCUUCCCUGACCGGGUGGCGUGUGCGGUGCCUGAGAAGUGUGAGGCCAUCUGUGGCAGUCCUGGUGGCUGCUCUAAUAUUGCCUAUGUGGAGCUGGUGCUCAAUCUCCUUCCCUCAGGAAUGGCGGGCCUCAUGCUGGCAGUGAUGAUGGCAGCCCUCAUGUCUUCCCUCACAUCCAUCUUCAACUCUGCCUCCACCAUCUUUACCAUGGAUGUGUGGCUGCUGGUGCGGGGCCUGGUGUGCCGAGGGAAGCAGACAACAACACCAUCGGAUCGGGAGUUGCUGGUUGUGGGGCGGGUGUUUGUGGCUGUCCUGGUGGUAAUCUCUGUCAUCUGGAUCCCUGUCAUUCAGAAAACUGGUAACUCCCAACUGUUUGAUUACAUUCAGAGCAUUUCAUCCUUCCUGGCACCACCCAUUUGUGCCGUGUACCUGCUGGCCAUCUUCUGGGGGCGCACCACGGAGCCAGGAGCCUUCUGGGGUCUCAUGGUGGGUCUGGCCAUUGGACUCCUGCGCUUCAUCCUUGAGUUCUCCUACACCGCACCUGCAUGUGGCACUGGUGAAGACAAGCGUGGGUGGUUCCUGCAGGCAAUUGUAGGAAAUGUGCACUACCUCCACUUCAGCUGCAUCUUGUGGAUCAUAACAGGAGUCGUCACCAUUGCUGUCUCUCUCCUCACUGAGCCCAUCGCUGACUCCUGUCUGUACCGCCUCACCUACUGGACCAGGAAGGACACUCGCCCCAGGAUCCCCAUUGAGUACUCCAAGUCUGCCGUGUCCCACAUGGGUAAUGGCAAUGCCCCAGCAGGAAUACAAGUACAAGAGCCAGGUCAAGAUCCAAGCAGUGCCACAGUAGAGGAGGAUGGGGAAAGAGCAGCAGGGUUCCUGUAUGAAGACCCAUUCUGGAAAGCAGUGGUGAACUGGAAUGCCGUCAUUUGCCUCACGCUCAGCACCUUUGUGUGGGGCUUCUUUGCAUAGCUCCUCUACCUACCUCCUUCUCCUCCUUAAGAUAAAAUAGAUAACAAAAAGAGAAAAGAUGGGGAGGGGGAAGUGGGGAUAGUGGGAAGAAUAUGGGGGUGAUAAGAAGGGAAUUUUAGUAGGAGGAGAAAGUCACUGGGGCUUGACCCAGGCGCAAUUUGAAUUUUUUUUUUUUUUUUUUUGUUACGUUAUCGGGGAGGACGUACCAAUGCAAAAUGAAAAAAAAAAAGUUUACAUUAAGAGGCAAGGGAGACUAGGUCCUCGUCAGGGGACCGCCACCAACCGAGCCAAGCAAAAACACAGCCACAGCCCCGGACGCCGCCCACGCGCCCAAGCCCGGAGGCUGAACCCUGCACAUGUUCGGAGCCAGACUAUCCAGAACCUGCACCAUCAAGAUUCGACAGGAAAUAGGAGUGAAGGACAGUCAGAGUAAAAGUUUUUUUUUUUUUUUUUGUGCUUUUUAUUGGUUCAAAGAAGGACAGAGGAAGAAGUACAUCCGUAUAGCGGAGGGACCUACAGUUUUACGUGGGUUCCGAACCACGGAUAGUAGUAGAGUGGGUUGUUUGAUGAUAGGGAUAUGAAAACUUUAUUGUGUGGAAGGAUGAGAUGUGUGAGAAAGUCGGUGUCGGUCCAGCUGUAGAGGGAGCCAUGGGCUUCUUCCUCGUUCUGCAAGCCAACCUGCUAAAGAAAAAAAGAAAAAGAAAA